GAGCGCUAUUUAGUCUCGGAGGCGGCCAUCGCCCGCCCUUUGCGGAGACGAAGCGUAAGGGCAGAUUAAAACAUGAGUGAUACAGAUGAAUCCCACGCUUCUGGUUCUGAUUAUCCUGAUGCCCAAGAUCUCAUAUUCACUCAGAGGAAAAAAAGAUCUAAGGUACCUGAGCGUGCAGCAAGUGCACAAAAGGAACAUUUGUGCUCGAGGCAGAAGGGUGCCAGUCCUGAGGAGUCUUCAGAUGAGAUCAGUAGUACAGAUACGUCUUCAGAUGAGGUGGAUAGCAGUGAUUCAGAAAUUGAUGUUCCAGCUGCUAGUGGCAGCAAGCACCAUAGGAAGCACUCUGUUGUACCUUCAAAGCGAAAGAGGAGAUUGCAGGCUUCAAAGCAACAAGCAGAAGCUGAUGCAGGAGUGCCUGGCGGUGAAAGUUCUGAUUCUUUGCCCACUCAGAGCCCAGUGAGGCCACCUGAAGCCUCCCAAGAGAAGAAAUCUAAGCUCAAUCUGAAAGCCAUUUUUGCCUAUCACUUCAGAGGAAGGAAGUUUAAAGCUGCUGCACACCGAAAAUACCGGAGCAGUGGUUCACGGAAGAUAAAUAGAGCCUCUGGGUGCACACGGAGGCGUGGUAAGAAGAAGCCCAUGACAGCCUCACCUCAGGAGCGAAGGAAAAGGCUUAAGGAUCGAGGCUUUCAGUUCCCUUUUGUUGAAAAACAUUAUGGGAGAAAACAUAUUCCCUUAAAGAUGGUUCUUAGCUAUGAGCAAGCAGCUGCAAAAGGAUAUUUCCAAUAUGUUGAAAUGCUCAAAUAUGAAGAACACCUCAAAAAGGCUUUGAAAGCCCUUGAAGCCAGUGAAGACUUAGAAAGAGAAUGCCUGGUAGUGCGGAAACACAAAUAUUUAGAUGAUGAAGGCCCCCUUUCUCCUAUCCAGGAGACAAAUGAUGAUGAUAAUAACUGCGUGGGCUCUGAUAAUCCAGAAGACUUUGAUGUCAGAGUAGUGGACAACAGCUGUUUCAUCAUAAGCAGCAAAAUUCCCAACAAGAAGAAAUCGAAGGCCGAAACAAAGCGAGCAAAGUCAGCUGGAGUGGUUGAAGUAAAGAAGAGUGCUGCUGAUAACUGAACAUUUGUGUGGUUCUCUUUGGUUGAACAGAACAUGAACGAAUAAGGUGGCAGCAGUCACUUCUCAGAGACCUUAUUGAGCCUGCCUGGCUUAAAAUGUUGGUCUGAAGUCAGCGUUGAGCUGUCAGCCAGAAAACCUCAUCAGAAUCAAUUUAAGUUUGUUGCUUUUGGAUGGUGAAUAUUGAUCAGCUGCUGUGAGAGGGAGCCUGGAGGUACAGCUACACCAGUAAUGACAACGAGCAUGUUUCCCUGUAUGAGGAUCAAACUGGAGCAUCUGCUUUCAGCGUUUGUAGUAAAGUAGUCCAGGUCAUACCUGUCUCUUAAAAACAGGAAGCCCAGUAAUGGAUGGUGAAAGUUAAUGGACUGGUGCACAAAUCUGUUACUUCUGUGCUGUCCUGUGGAACACAUGGGUUAAGGAGAAUCACAGGGUUGGAAGAGACCCACAAGAUCAUCCCAUCCAACCAUCCUCCUAUCAGCAUUACUAUCCACUAAGGUACUAAACAAUAUCUUGCAGCAUUCUGCAUCCUGCUGGCUGUGGGAAGUGGAAGAAAAACACACAGUACUGAAUUCUGUAAAUAGUUUAUCAGAGCACUCUUGGAAGCUGUCUUGUAGUUGCUUCACACUGCAGUGCAGCUGAUGUAGGUAACACGCUCACAUACAUCUUCUGUGCCAUAGUGCUUUGAUUUCUUAAGUGUGGGUAGAUUUUGUUUGUAGUUUUGUGACAGACUUUGAUUUGAAGUGCUGCGUAUUCAGUGUAAGAGUGCUUGAAUCUUGAAGUUACUAAAAUGCUGAAGAAACUUAGAAGUGUUAAUCAGUACUGUAAUCUGCUCUUUUCAGCAAGCCCACCUGACGAUGCAGACCGGAGGACUACCUUGGUGGCAGGUGGUAUGAGGAAAUGAGAGAAGAAGUGCAGAAAGCCACUUGACAGAGACGGAGCUCCCCUAUAGGUUAGUGUGCCCUCUGAGCUUCUGCAGAUGCAUCAGUGUUUGAGGGGCUCUGGUUUUCAGUGGCUGGAGCUGUUCACCAGGUGAAGCUCAGUGCCUUUUGGAGUGUUGCAGGGGCAUAACUCAACAUAUGUUAGGAUAUUUUAAAGUAAUAUUCCCUUUCAGUCUGUUAAGGGAAGACUUCUUUAACUCUGGUUUAUCCCAAGAAAGAUCUCAGUCUGAAAUGAAGUGACGAGGUCAACUUCCUAAACUCGGGCUUCACUUUAAAAGUAAAUGAGUACUAAGGGAAGUUAGGAGUGUUUGAAUAAAUGUUGUAGUUAAUUCCCUUCGUUUUAUACUGCUCAUGUUCAUGUAAUACUGUUCGUGUAAUCGUAGCUUUUAACAUUAAACUGAUGUGGAGUUAUUACUGCAUCUUCCAAAUGAAAUGGUAGUGUAACAUUGCGCUCCUUUUUCCCACAAAUCAUGACAGAAGUAAGAAGGCACUUCGUAGGAACUGUAUAAGAUGCUUUUCCAGUCUGCUUGAUUUUUGUUGGUUGGUUUAUGGUCACAGAAACAUUGAGGUCUAUCCCGAUAGGAUCUCUUCUGUAGGUUCAUGUCGUUGGAAACGCCUCACAGAACAAACUUGUGGUUUAGUUUCACCCUUGGAGCUACCUGUUAGCUCCGUGGGAUAGAACUGCAAGACAAAUCUUCAUGUACCAUUUUAGGAAUGGAAGUAACGUGUCAUGUUCUCCCUCAGGUACUGGCUCGUGAAUUUGAUAUAGAUGAAAAAAAAUUCAAAUGGAAAAGCUUGGUAAGAGUGAAAAAGAGCAUGUUCUGAGAUGUAAAAUGUAACUAACGUUUAAUUGCGUGAGUUGAACUUGCUCAGCCAGAUGUCUGUGAAGGUGCCAGACCUCUUUGUGUUUUUUUUUCUGGUUGGCUUGAAGCAGGCUCUUCCCUCUUCAAUCUAAAAAUGAUUUACUGUUCCUUGUGGUGCCUGUAAGUUUAAAUUAGAAAGUCCAGCCCUCUAAUGUCUGUCCAGUCUUAAAGUAACUUGAUGAGCAUGCUGGAUUUUUGCUCUGCUAUGUAAUUCAGCAAUGCUGCUUUUCUCUUGUUAAGCUUCAAAGAUUUAAAGUUAAUUUCUGAGCCUGGUACAGUGUUAGAACUCCUGGGUUACAUGGAGCAUAGUGCUAUUCCACAGACCAUAGCUUGAAGUAAAAGGACAAUACUCAUAAGCCCAUUGUGCUGGCAAUAUAAAGAAUACUUGAAAGAAUAAUGAGGCUGCUGAAAUUGAUGGAAUUUCUUUUCUCUCUUAGCACGGCAACUUCUGUGAGAUUGGUACUUCAUUUUGGCUUCUCUCUAACUGGUGUCUGCAGAGCUUGAACAUUAAUGUGCAUUUGUUGAUUGAGGACUGUUGCACUGAACGGUAUCUGCACCCAGCAGCAUUCUUCUGAUGGGGUGUUCAAAAAUUAGUGCUACAGUAGUUCAGCAUUUGGCAUCGUUGGUUUUCACUCUGCUGUGGUUGUUAAACCUGGUAUUCUUGCUGAUACAGGCUUUGUCCUCUUCAAGCAUUUGAGCACAGUCCUUUUGUGUUGGGCAGGACUUGUCAGUGUGAGAGCUGACCGCUGGUUCUCCCUGGUGUGUUCAGUUUGUUUCUUUAAACAGGUGCCUUAUGGUACAGAGCAGUCAGUUGGCUGUGUGAAUGGAUUUCUGUGGAAGAGGAAACAGCCUGUUGGACAGGUGUGCCUUUGUGUACCAGAGUGCUGCUGUCACUGAAUGUUGGGGUUAUGAAGCUGUACCUGAGUGCUGCCACAGCAACUAG